UUAACGAUGUUUUUAUCCGCGCCCCCCCCCAACGUGCGUGUCAUAGUGGUACGGUCCAUGGAGCUACGUAUCCGCCUCACGUUGAAAGACGCUGGAGGGAUGUGUGUGGGGAACUGGUGGUUACUUAACAAGAUGCGAAUAAACACGCAGAUAGCAGCUUGCAGUGCAUUACCCCAGAGCACCUUUGUGCCCAUCCAUUGUGUGGCAGCACGGUACAGCACUGGCCAGCAUCUGAGUCAUGCUAAGGGUGAGCUGAGAGAAGUACUCCGUGGACCUGUACACAGAACCCCUGCCGUGACAUCACAAAUAUGGAGACCUCUGCAUGUUACUCACAUGAACCAGACAACAAAAGACAAGCUUCAGCCAUCAGAGGAAGAGGUUUCAACUUUUACUAAAAUAAUUGAAGCAAUGGGUUUCACCGGACCUCUGAAGUACAACAAAUGGAAAAUCAAAAUUGCUGCCCUGCGCAUGUAUACUUGCUGCGUGGAAAGAAUAGAUUAUGAUGAAUUUUUUGAAAAAUGCAGUCUCCCUGAUACAUUAAACUCCUGGUUCCUUGUAACUCAACUUCAUGUCUGGAUGUGCUUGGUCCGGAUGAAACAGGAAGGCCGUGCUGGAAAGUAUAUGUGUAGAUACAUAGUCCAUUCCAUGUGGGAAGAUGUUGAACAGCGUGGGAAAGUCAUGGGGAUUGAUUCCGUGACCCUGAAGAACAGUAUGAGAUCUAUGACUGAGAUUUUCUAUGCUGCAAUAUUUGGCUAUGAUGAGGGAAUUAUAUCUGAUGACCGAAUUCUGGCUGCUGCCCUGUGGAGGAACCUUUUAAACAAACAAUGUGAUGACCCCCGAAAGCUGGAACUAUUGGUGGAAUAUGUACGGAAACAGGUGCAGUUCCUGGAUACUCUCGAUGGAGAAGACCUUCUGUUGACUGGUGAAGUGGUCUGGCGCCCUCUGGUGGAAAAAGAUGCUCAGAGCAUUCUGAAACCGUCAACACCGACGUAUAACGAUGAAGGACUUUAAAUCGCCCCAGGGGACUUCAUAACGUUGGAUGCCACGAGAGAAGAUAAGCGAGUGGGUCAUCCACCCUGGUUUAUGUCAGAUGAUACAGAAUGUGAAAAGAGUUUUCGGAGUGAAUUAGUUUACAUAGAUAUAUUCAGGGAAUUACUGUACAUGCAAAUGGCGCUGACGCAAUCAUUAUUACGCCAUUAGUUGAAUUAUACUGUGCAAUACAACCAUUCUUUGCCCUUCUUGGAUUGAACAAGUUGACCGAUACCAAACUCACAGCUACAUCUCUGUUUCUGUCUUUUUAGUCGGAAUAUAACAAAAUGUCAUAGAAUCCUUUGGUGUCUAUUUUUAUUUUCCUGUUCUAGUUCUUCCACACAGGUAGGAAGGUACAGCAGUCGGUAAUUUGCUUUGAUCUGCUGAGUGCAGUUAGAAUAACGAAAACAGGUGUCUGAUUGGUCGGUACCAGUUGCACCAGUUCUACAAAUAUGGGGGUCAGCUUGUGUGUAGGUUAACCUUUUUUUUGUAUGUUUCUACUUUUUCUGAACUUGAUUAAUCAAGGAUUGGAGAUAUACAUGUGUUUUUAAGAACUGAAGAGACGGUUCAUCACAGUUCGUCUUGUGUAUUGCAUUCAUUCUUUGAUAGAUAGGACCCCAUUUCGUACAUACAAUAGAACGUUUUAUUUCUGUAUCUCCCACGUGCCAAAAGUCAUUAAACAUGCAAUAUUUUGAAGCCUUAAUCUCAUUUUAUGGAUAUUUCACCCUCUUUUAUGUAUAAUUUUUUAGAAUCUUGGAAAAAAAAUACUAGUAUUCAGUUUGCUGCUGAGGAAGAUGAAGGCUGGUUUUGGGAGGGCCUUUCCCCCGGUCCCCAGGCUUAGAGGUAUCUUGCUGGCCACCAAAUGUCCAUGACAGAAGUAUGACAUUGCAGUUGGGGUUGUUUUUUUAGUCAAACUCUAAUCUGCAGCCUUAUAUAUGUUGUUGAUGUAGAACAGCAUCCACUGGAGACCGAAGGCCAUCCAACAGUCUUGGCAUUUGUAGGUCAGUGACAUCUCAAUGGCUGCACAUUGAAUGGCUUUGAUUUACAUUGGGGUUAUCACUUCUCAAACCAGUUCUGAAGAAUGCUGAGGAUCAAAAAUUCCUUGAUAAAAGUGUCAGGGGGCAUCUUGCUGUUGAGCAACGUUUAGCUAUGGGAACUGUGAACAGACUUUAAGAUGUUCUUCUGUAGACCGCACCUUGGAGAGAGGCAGUUCCUCUCUUUUUAAAGAACUAUUUGCCGCAUAUAUAUUCCAGCACUUUCUUUAGGGCAUUGAUUCUCCUAAACUAACUUGCAGCAUCUCCAUCAUGUUCUACCUGUAUAUUAUCUACUCUAACACUGUGGCCCUUAGCCUUUUCUUAAAACUUUUACUUUUUGAGCACAAAGUGGUUGAGGAAACUUAAGUUUUAUCAUGGGUCAUAAUGAUAAUUACAAACAUUAAAGGCAUUCUCUUCCCUGUUAAUGCUAACUAGUGUUUUACUUUCAUUGCAUUAUUGUUUGUAAUGCUGAAAUAAAUAUAUAUUCAUGUUAAA